AAAAAACUCAAGCCAUCCAGCAGUGUAUUUAAAGGCUCUUCUCUCUCAUCCAAUAUAGAAUCAAGAAACAACUGUCUUCGAGCACAUGAGGGUGAUGAAGGAGCUGUGUCUACUUUUACUGAUCUGCUGGGCAGGCACACUCCAGUGCCUGGCAGGGAGUUUGAGGGGAAAGAUUCCUGGCAAGCCACAGGAAUGUAAGCAGGCCGAGUUUGUCCCUGGUUACAACCUGGCAGGGGAAGGUUUCGACAUUGUGAAGAUGCAGCGAAAAGGUUCUUAUGUGAUCGACAUGGAAAAUUGGGAGAGGGAGGGAGACACUUGCGAGUUAGGUGUCAAUUUCUAUUUGGGUGGAGUAAAACAGAAGCUUCCAGCAGCCAUGGCAAACUGGAGAGCCCUCACCGACUGCAAGCGGGAGGUCUCAAGCAGCAUCUAUGAAUCCAGUGAGUCCCUCAUCAAUACCACAACUUCAGCCGUGACCAACAACUGGAAACUUGGCCUGGACCUUGAGAUGAAGGGAGUAAAGUUCAAUACAAUCAUUGGAGGGACAGAUUCCAGAGAAGCAACAUAUGUCAUUGCAAAGUCGAAGCAGGACAGAUACAGUUUCACCAGGCAUGAAGUCCAUUGUAGCAUCUACAGAUAUAGCCUGGUCGAAGAUCCUCCUCUUCACAAACAAUUUCUGAAUUCGGUGAAGAAGCUCCCCACUGUUUAUGACCUCAAUUCUAAGCCGGCCUAUAGAAACCUGAUAGACACAUACGGCACUCAUUUCACCUCUCAAGUCAACCUGGGAGGGAAAGUGAGCGCUGUAACUUCCAUCAAGUCUUGUCAGGCGACUAUGAACGGACUGACAAUCACUGCAGUGAAGGACUGUCUCGAUGUCGAGGCCUCCUUGUCAUAUCAAUUCAUCGCUAGUUUGACCGCCGAGCUUCACUACUGUAAUGAACUAAAGAAGAAACUUGGCACCAACCAAAGUUUCAACAGCAUGUUCAGUGACCGCCACUCAGAAAUUAAAGGAGGGGUAGUAAAUGGAGGCGACCUGCUGUUCUCAGGUGCGUUGGGCGCAAAGGCCUACAAAGAGUGGCUGGAGUCCUUGAAAACAAUCCCUGACGUGGUGCACUACUCCCUUAAGCCCCUUCACUUCCUGUUGAAAAGUGAACAUCCUGCUCAACCUGGGCUGAAGAAAGCAGUGGAGGAGUACAUCCUUGAAAACGCCCUGAUAAAGAAAUGCUCAGGGUCCUGUCAGAUAGGUACGAGGACCAGCAAAAGGGAUCACUGUGCCUGUGUCUGCAACAGUGAUCAGAGCAUCAAGUCCAACUGUUGCCCUGCUGGGAAAGGCCUGGCCAGGCUGCAAGUCUAUCGUUUGAGAGCAAAGGGCCUAUACGGGGACAUCUUAACCAAAACGGAUGGUUUUGUUGAGAUCUCAUAUGAUAAACAAGUCAAACUCACUGAAGUGAUCAAAGAUCACUUACAACUUCCGGCUGCUACAUCUGUCCGUACAAACUCUGAUUGUGGACGCGAUGACGUCAUCUACACGUCCGCCACUCCCUCACCGGCAGGUUAA